CAUUUUUACAACGUCAGUACAUUACAGUGCUAGUCAUUGCCCACGCUGAAUGUUAACGUGGUACAGUGACUUUGCCUAUCUUUCAAUUUCGGGUUUUAGGAUUUUUUUCAGGCAGACAUUCUCCUCAACUUGCUCGAAAGGAUUGAAAUGUUACAGUUUAGGUUUUCGGCAGUGCUGAAGGAGUUGUUUCAAUCCAACCUAAAGCGCCCUUUGACAUGUAUUACAAGAAAUAAAACGUCGUUACCAAUCCACUACUGCUCCAGCAACGCCUCUCUUGAUGUCCAAGUCAGCUUCAAAUUGAAGCUUCUCCAUGCCGGUGUCCACCGCCCUUUGCUUUGCGCCACACCUGGGACCCGGACCUACUGCACGAAGACCGAAGGUGCUGCUAUACCUGUGACUGAAAGUGCUAUACCGGUGACCGACCAGGAGAAGAAAGAUGAGACUGCCAAAGAAGCAGCGGCGGAGAAGAGAAGGAAGGCAGGCAUCCUGCCCAGUCUGGAGGACCUGCUCUUCUACACCAUCGCAGAGGGCCAGGAGAAGAUCCCCGUCCACAAAUUUCUCACAGCACUAAAGGCCACGGGACUACGCACAGGAGAUCCCCGGCUGAAGGAAUGCAUGGACACCCUUAAAGUCACCCUGAAGAACACCUCGGACGGAGUCAUGCUGGACAGAGACCUCUUCAAGAAAUGUGUCCAGAGCAACAUAGUCUUGCUCACCCAGGCCUUCCGCAAGAAGUUUGUCAUCCCCGACUUCCAGUCCUUCUCUUCUCACAUCGACGAGCUCUACGAGAGUGCCAAAAAUCUGACCGAAGGCCAGGUUGGUAAUCAGCCCAUCCUGGGGGAGGUUGCAGACUACAUCCCCCAGCUUGCCAAAUUUAGCCCAGACCUGUGGGCCGUGUCUCUGUGUACCGUGGAUGGACAAAGACACACGGUAGGCGACACCAAGGUCCCCUUCUGCUUGCAGUCGUGUGUGAAGCCGCUGAAAUACGCCAUCGCGGUGCACGACCACGGCACCGAGUACGUGCACCGCUUCAUCGGGAAGGAGCCUAGCGGCCUGCGCUUCAACAAGCUCUUCCUGGACGAGGACGAUAAGCCCCACAACCCCAUGGUGAACGCCGGCGCUAUUGUUUGCACCUCAUUGAUAAAGCAGGGAGCGAGCAAUGCUGAGAAGUUUGACUAUGUCAUGAACUUCCUGAAUAAGAUGGCAGGAAAUGAGUAUGUAGGCUUCAGCAAUGCCACAUUCCAGUCGGAGCGCGAGUCAGGAGACCGGAAUUUCGCUAUCGGCUACUACCUGAAAGAAAAGAAGUGUUUUCCUGAGGGGACAGACAUGACGUCCAUUCUGGAUUUCUACUUCCAGCUAUGCUCCAUCGAGGUGACCUGCGAGAGCGCCAGCGUCAUGGCGGCCACCCUGGCCAACGGCGGCUUCUGUCCAAUCACGGGCGAGCGCGUGCUGAGCCCGGAGGCAGUGCGUGACACGCUGAGCCUCAUGCACUCCUGCGGCAUGUACGACUUUUCUGGCCAGUUCGCCUUCCACGUGGGCUUGCCAGCCAAGUCGGGCGUGGCAGGGGGCAUCCUUCUGGUGGUGCCCAACGUUAUGGGCAUCAUGUGCUGGUCUCCUCCACUGGACAAGCUGGGCAACAGUGUCAGAGGCAUUCAGUUCUGCACGGACCUGGUGUCUCUCUUUAACUUCCACAACUACGACAACCUGAGGCACUUUGCCAAGAAGCACGAUCCUCGCAGGGAGGGAGGCGACCAGAGGCAGUUUACCUUCGGACCAAUGGAUUACGAGAGCCUUCAGCAAGAGCUAGCUCUCAAAGACUCUCUGUGGAAAAAGGUGGUGCCCACUGAUUGCCACGAGGACAGCUCCACCACUGUAGUCUAUAGGAUGGAGAGUGUCGGGGAGCGCAACUAGGACCCCCUCUCUCCUCCCUACCUCCCACCUUCUCCUGUCCCCUUUCUACACCCAUAUAUGACUUCAUAUAUUUAUAUAAAUUAUCAAGAGGAUUAUUUAUUUCUAUAAGUUUUUUUUUUUUUUUUUUUUUUUUUUACAUAAUGUAAUGUCACAUUAUGUACUGGUGAUGAAUGAUAAUUGAUUCUACCUGGGUUACUGUACUUUUUUUUUCCCUCUUUUUUUUCUGUGUGUCCGUGGCUGCAAUCCAAACACUUAACAGACACACCCUCAGCCCUCAAAUGAAGUGGACACUUUUGAUGAUAUAUCAUGACAUCUGACGAGUUGACACUUGCAGGGAGAGGGAGGAAGGAAUGAUUUUUAAAUGAGUCGCCCUUGCCCGGAAAUUCAUCACUUGUUCAUCUCGCAACGAUUGUGUUUUCAUUCACCAGUAGCGUGUGGGUGCUUUGUAUGCGCUACAGUCAAUUAUGAUUGCAUGUCUCCUUAUAUUAACUACAUAAUUAUUAAUAUAUGCCUACUGUAUCAUAGCUAGAAAAUGAAUCAGCUAACUAACGUUAGCCUGUCUAGCUGGAACUUCUGAAGACAGGGAAUGUUUUAUUUCUACAAUUUCCAAAAGCUAACCAAACAAAAACAUCAUUACUUUUACGAGACGUGUUUGUGUAGCACAAUUUGUAACUUCUUUACAUUCGUUUUUACUUACACUUGUAUGUUGACUCCAUAUUGACGUUAAGGUUUUAAGUUUUGGUGGACUUUUCUUAGCGAAUGUACAAUCAUCGCGAAUUGAAUUAUGGGGUGUUUCAGGCCCCGAAGCGAACAUAAUUGUACCCUCGCAAACUCUAUUAAAAACGAGGGCUGAGAGGCUUGCGUUGCACACUUCCCUUGCUUGGCUAAUCAUUUGGACCGACGACAAAUAUGGCUGUGGGGAUUCCCCCUAGGGAAUAAGGCGAGGGUAAGUGGACGAGGGUGUGUCUUUUAUGAGUUUGAAAUGCAUCUCUUGUGUUUUUGGGGUCCCUGCAGAGCUGAGGGAAGCCCUUCUGGCUGCCUGUCUAGAAUGUCAGACUUUAGGGGCCUGAAGGGAUUGCCUGGCUCAGAUUGAGGCUUUGCAAGUAGACUUGAUCCAUCAUUUCAUGUGUGCUUCAAUAUCUACUGACAGGUUUGAAGUCCUGUAUCUGUCGAACAUGCCAGUGUGGGUAUUAGGCCCAUUGUAAUGUGUUUGUUAACCAAAGCGAGGGAGUUUUUCUCAAACCAAAAGCCAAGGGAAGAUGUGGAGUGUUGUGCUUUGACACACAUAAAUACAAUGUAUCUCAUUAUAUUUAUAUGCGUUGACAGGCUCUUAAGGUUACUACAAGCUUAACUCUGUGUGUGUGUGUGUGCGCGCGCAGGUGGGUGAAGUGGGAUUUUUGAAGUAGAGGACACCUUUUGGUAACAGGAUAUCCUUGCCGGUCCCUCCCGUUUUUUUGUUGGUUUUUGGGGGGGUUUUUUGGUCUUCAUUUUUUGAAAACAAGGAACCGUAGCCUUCCUUUGCUUAUCGUAGUAGGCUGGCUUUAACCUGGUGAAAAACAUAGCAAGCUAGCUAGUCUUUUUUAGCUCCCCACAUCUCCAUGUGAAAUAAUCAGAUUGAUCAUUUAGAAAUAUGCCCUGGCAAAUGUUCUUCUACUUGCUGGUGUAACCUAAAACAUUAUCCCAGUUUGAUAUACUGCUUGUGUAUUCAUUCCCAUAUCAGUUAAAAAUAGAACAGCAUUUAUUUUUUUGUUGUAAAAAAAAAAACACAUGGCUAGCAAGUUGGCUACAGCAGGUUAUACCAUUUCACAGUAGCCUGGAAUUUCUAAAUAAAAUAAUGUUUUUGGUGGAUUCAGUUGCGGAGAUUAUAUUUGGUUAUCAAUGCAAAAUAGUCUAAAAUAUAUAUAUAUAUCAGAUCAAGGAACCAAGCAAUAAUACUGCCCCCACGGCUGCAGAAAUAAUGAUACUGCAUGUCUCAAUUUUCAGGUAGAAAAACGGUACGCCGAACGCCAGAGCUUUUUUACAAGGAACCGCCCCUUUUGUGAUGAAAAACGACACUGCAACACCGAUAUUUUGCGUCUGCAUAGAGCUUGUAGUAUGCUUUUAGAAGAGCAAACUGAGAUUAUAACGAUAAGGCACUUAUCAGGCGUGACACGGAGACGAUAUCAGUCGGACCAUUCUAACUUGCAUACCAGUACUUUACCUUUCACAUACCAGCAACGGAUCCCACAUGAGCCGAUUUCUCAACUGCUGUUGAGUGGACCGAAGCUUUUCAUCAAGGACGUAAAAGGUGAUUCAUUCCACCCCCUUUUGUGUGUGUGUGCGCCUUUUUUGUGUGUGUGUGUGUGUGCCAUGUUCAUCUAAGCUGUGACGCAUGCUGAGGGGACCUUGACCCUGGCUCUGACAGACCGACAAGACACCGCACAAACCUUUAGUUUUCAUGACAUAGCCUAGUAGAAUCCUGCUGGAUCUAUUCCAUUGGCAGUUGCAGUAUGCAUAUGUCAGAUGGCAUAUCGUGGUUAUAUAGGUCAUAAGUAUAUGUAUUGUACAAGUCAGUAUACCAUUGAGAGAAAGUGUGAUCAUACAUUGUUACCAAUUUUAUAUUUAAUCCGUAUUAUUACUGUGAAUUACGCUUAGCUACCCUUAAAGAGGAAGGGGAAACCAGUUCCUCUUAUCUAUACUGUAGCUUAAGAAUGCAUCAUGUUUAUUUCCAAUAUGCACUGUACAGUAUCUACAGUUUUCCCCAAAGACUGUAUUUGCCUGGCGUGUGUUUUGGGGGGGAUUGUUAUCUUGCAGUAAUCUUGAUGAAACUCAACAGCAGCGCAGAACGGCAAGGGAAUCCACUUACUUCACAAACGUUGGCCACAUUUGCACAUGUACGUCAACCAACACCGUGGGUGUCCUGCUGCUGGGGCUGUUUUUCUUGUUCAAUGUUGUUAUCCAAUCAUUCUUGAAACUGGACUGUUGAAUUGGUAUACACUGUAGUUGUAGUAGCCCUUUGUUACCCAUGACUUCGUCAUGAAUGUGCUCUUCUUCUCGUGGGACCCAUGUAAGUCUAUGGGUCCCAUACCGGCCAAGGUUGGGGUCAAUUUGAAUUGAAGUCAAAUCAGAAAGUGAUUUAAAUGUCAAAUUCAUAAAUGGAAAGAAUUUUGAAAGAUACAUGGCUUCUCCCUUUCAGUUCGUUGACAAGUUAUUGAACACAGAUGCCCUGUUUUUCAAUUAUUGAAUUUGAAUUUAUUCAUUGAAUUGGAAUUCCUGAAUUGGCUGACUUGAACCCACCCUAUCCCAUAUACUUUUAGUUAGUUUUUAGCUUAUUUUAGUAUCAGACUUUUCCUUAAAAUAUAUUUUUGUUGUUUUGUCAUGUCAAUAAUGCUUGGACUUCAUUUAAAAUUGUGAUUUGGAACUAGGACUACUAUUUCACUAAGGAUGUUUUUUUUAAAGUGUAGGCCUUUAGAUGUCAGUGUGUGGUGCAAAGCAUUCACAAGUCUCUGCCACUGUGGAGUGAAGCUAGCUGUAGCUAGCCUAGCAGCUAACGUUAACUUGCUUGCUAAUGCUAAUUUACCAAAUAAUCAGUUCUGUUAAAUCGAUUCUAUUUAUUUGUACUGAAAUUGUAUCAUUUUUUUUCUUCUGCUACUCGUGUGUUCUGAAACACGUUUGAGUGUGUUUUCUAAUGUCUUGCCCAUGUUGACAUAAUAUGGAGAAUGCAGGGGCUGAAAGCUUGCAAGACUUAGGAGUUAGGAUGACGUUAGAGGAUACAGGAGGAAGUUAUGGGGCUUACUGAACUUUUCUACUCUACUGACUAAUAACCCCAAUCAAAUUUUACACAAGGGUUUUUUGAAUGCCGUACCAGUAUUUUCAUUACAAUUUAUGAUUUUCUUUUAAUGAUUUCACAGCAACAUGUUUAAUGUUUCCCACAAUGUCAUUAUUUUACUUUCUUUCAAAUGGCAUAUUUUUGUAUGAUUUAAUAAAUGUUUGAAUCCCACCUUGAUAUUUUUAAGUUCAUUUUAGUCCUUGUAUUUUUUCAUUUUUUUCAUUUUUCUGUUUCAUUCCAUAUCUGUGCCUUGGAGAAAACAGCUGUAACCCUCCAAGUCUAACACACUAUACACACCAGCAGCCUACACGGUUAACUUAUUGAGAAUGUGUAUCACUGCAUUUAACAGGAACUUCUCGUGAGUUCCUCAGAUCUUAACCUGAUCUACCUGGAGUGUUGAUUUAUUACCAAAACCAGUUUGAGUUAGUGUCUUGGGCAUAAAAGGGUGUUGCUUUCUCCUCAUAGUAAAGACACUGACUCUUGGUUUGGAUGAAUACACUAGGUAUUUGUCUUGUAGAACUUUGUAGUUCUACAAGAGGCCAGUAUUGCAAAUACUAGCAAAGAGCUUCAGUAGUUGUAAUGCUAGAAGUGUGUUGCAAUGACUGGUGAAGUACCUGUUGAAAUCAUGUUGCCAUGUUAUAAACCAAUAAAGUACUAUAUCCAACAAA